AUGAUGAAUUGGGUUUCGAACGAUAGUAGCACGCCGGAUGAGUCUCCGCAGCUGAUGGCGCCGAUAGGCAUGACGGAAGGUUCGGGCUCUGAGCUGACUACAGAGGCGCUGAGGAGCGAUCAGAACAAAUUCAUUCAUUUGGAUCCGAUUCCGGAUUUCAAGGAUCGGUCAGAGAUCAAGCCGUGGUUACAGAAGAUCUUCUAUCCGCAGGGGAUCGAGAUAGUUAUAGAGAGGUCGGAUAGCAUCAAAGUGGUGUUCAAAUGCAAGGCAGCGAAAAGAGGCAAGAACACCAGGGCGAGCGAGCCGGUGGCUGAACAGUUCAGCGUCCCGAGCGAGCCCGUAGAGUCGAAGACGAAGGACAGGAAGAAGAAGAAGCGGAGCGUGUCGCGGUUUAACAUCUGUCCCUUCAGGAUAAGGGCUACGUACUCUUUAAAGAGGAAGAAGUGGAGCAUAGUGGUACUGAAUAACUGCCAUUCACAUCCGUUGAAGUUCAACCCGGAUUCAGAGGAGUAUAGAAAGUUCAAGGAGAAGCUGAGACAGAACAAUGACUGGGAAGCCAUAAAGAAAUUUGAUGAACUGGAGUAUAGGACAAGGUCCAAUUUACCGAUCGAGUCGUCGCCUAUAAGGUGCGAUUGUGGUCUUACCGAAGAGAUUGCGAGCUUCAAUAUAGUGCUACCGAGCACAAAUCACUCUUCUGUGUCUAGCACGCUGGUGAAAAAACCAAAGAAAAAAUCUGGGUUGCGGAAACAGCGCAAGGAGGCUUUCCUCAUGAUGCCUACGCAGCAGCAUCAUCUAGCUAACACGACUCACGUACAGAGCCCCAGCGUUUCCGGGUUCCUUGAUGAUCCUUCCGCGAAUCCGCUUUUCACGACUCCAAUAACAGCCACCGAUGCAUUCACGGAUCUCAACGAGAUAGAUUUCACCAACAUGUUCGACAAAAUGCACCAUAACUCAACUCAUUCACGCGCACAGCAGCGCCACAGUGGCGCCGAGGACGCUUUGAACGUAUUCUCUCCGCUCGCAAUUUCAUCGUUCCAAUAUUGCUCCCCAAGUGGCGACUUGGUACAAUCGCCUGCCCAUCCCCAGGCACCCCCUGCAUCCACCACACAUGGCGGUAUGGACAACGCCGUGGACUUCUCGAUGAAGCCGUUCCUGGACCUGCCAGGGCAUGACUCUUUCACGCCCCCACUGUGCGAAAUCAACGGCAGCAAUGCGUGCCAGGACCACCGGUGCUGCUACUCCGAGCUGAACGCGGAAAGCAGCCCCGCGAGGGAUAUGCUAUCGGGCGAGCUGGACGUCCUAAAAGCCAUAAACGGUGAGCUCAGCGAGCAUCUCACCACCGAGCUGUUCAACCUACAGUAG